CUGCCGCUGCGAGGGACGGCGGACGACCCCCUGGGCCUGAAGAGGAGCAGGCGGGCGGCCGCCCGGGACGGCUCGAGGUCACAGGCCUCGCAGCAGUCGGAGGUCCAGGACCGCGCGCUCACGAAGCUGAGCUACGUGCACAACUGCCGCGAGCUCCUCGGGGAGCUCCGCUACAGCCUGGAGCGCCGGAAGCUGGAGGUGCACUCGAACGUGAAGAGGGCCGUGAAGCACAUCCCCGCGGAGGGCGGGCUGGACGCGGCGCGCCCGCACUCCAAGUGCUCGGAGCGGACGACCGCGGCCUCGCCGCGGCGCUCGCCCUCGCCGCCACCGGCCGGCGCCUCGCCGCCCACGCCGCGCCUCGCCGACCGCGGCGGCCCCCGCUGCAGCUCCGUGAUGACGAUGGGCAGCCCGCUGGAGCCUGAAUGGGUUCGUGCCAUCCUCACCACCGUCACGGGCUUGGACUCCAAGCUCUUGACGUUCCAGCAGGAGGUGAGCGCUCCCGUCACUGAGAUGCGCCUGGUCUACGACCAGAUGGCGGCGCGUAUUGACAUUUUCGACGCCAGCAUGGAGCAGUACCAGACACUUGAGGAGUCGAUGGCGGCUUACCUCGGCGGAGUAGCACUCUUCGCCUGGGUCGCCGUGAUAGCCCCCUCGCUCUCCGGCUGGCUGGCCGGCUCCGCUGCUGGCCGCUCCGCGCCGGCAGGCCCAGGCCGCGCAGCGGCCGUCGACUGGUGCUGGGAGCCCCCGCCGUGGGACUGCUCCUGUUCCUGCACCUGCCCGUCGUCGGCGGCGCCCGAGCCGCCUGCCCCGCCCCCGCUGGGGGCCUCAGUGCGGCUCGCGCCCGACGGAGCCGCGGCGAUCGAGGUGGUGUGGCCGUGGCUGGGAGGCCUCGCGGUCUCACCCGACCUCGCCCUCGCCGGCUGCCUGGGGUUCGGGAUUUUCGAGUUGCUCGUGUCGUUCGUCACUGAUCCUGGGUUCAGGCACGAGCGCGUCAUCGUGUGGCCGUGUCACGAGGGAUCGUGGAUCGUGUACACGGGCGGCGGCGACCUGUACGUGGAGGAAGAGAAGGACUGGGACAAGGUGUGCCUCAUGACGGCGGGUCAGCCGCCGAGGUCUCUGCCAGACGACGGGGCCAAGGUCGUGCAGUUUGCGAGGUUCCCGACGGACGACGAGCUACGUGGGCUCAUCGCCGAGGCCCGCGCCGAGGUGGCGUCCUUGCGGGAGUCCGAGCCUGACCGCGGCGUGCCGUCGGACCCGACCUACUUCCUGUCGGAGGAUGGCCGCCAGCACCCACUCCUUCGCCGCCGCCUCCAGGGCAAGCAGGUGAGGCGCGCCGGCAGGGAAGGCAACCCACCUGUCGCCGAUGCGGGCGCUGCGGCUGCCGAGUCCCAUGGCGGCGCUGAGGAUGUGGGUGGCGACGCGCUGGCCGCCGACGGUGAGCGACAUCGCUGGCUCGUGAGCGAGCCCGGUCUGGUCUGGGAGUUGGGCACCCCUGUGCCGCACGCAUCCGUCAUGAUCAGGCUGGGUGACCGCGGCGUCGCCGACAUCAACGGCGUGACGGUGCCGGCGCAGAGCGUUCCCGAGGCGGAGGUGGGCGACUACGCGUCCAUGAAGACCUCGGCCUACGAGGUGGCGAUCCGCGACGCCGACGGCACGCCCACGGACUUCGGGCGGCGUGUCGGGAUCGUGCCGAGCCACUCGCCCUCCCACGGCGAGGCAGCCAAGCCGACCGCCCCCGUGGAGGCCACCGAGCCGGGUGAUGUUCGCACCCUGUGGGUGGACACUGACGCCAUGAACGUCCGAUUCAAGUCGCGGCGUAACGUGGUCAUGGAGAGCUACCCCACGGUGUGGACCGACAGCCCCGUGGAGGGGCCGUCUAGCGUGAUGUAUAUUCUCAGUCCAUGCGGGUCCGAGCCCGCGACCUUCCGAUCGCUGCCGACGCCGUCGCGGCUGGCGGUCUUCCCUCCGCUGGACGCGGAGCACCUGUCGCCGCCGCGACGGGCCAGCCUUCCAAAGGACCGGGCCGUGGGGGUCCAGAUCUACAUGGAUCCACCCUCCGACCUCUCUCCGAAGGAGGCCUUUCAGGGGCUACUUCGAGGCCGCGGGGUCUACGACACCGAGACGGCCUACACUACCCUGGCACCCUACCAACGGGGCGCGGUAUCUCUUCCCUGUGACGUCUCGACGGCCCCGGCUGUGGGAACCCUGGUCACGGGGCGCGCCCUCGAGUAUCUGGUAGAGGCAGAGGAGCAGAUGAUCAGGACUGAUGCUGAGGUCCAGCUUGACCGUGAGACGAAUGGCGAAAUCAAGACCUACACCGACCCCCUGCUCGCCAAUAGCCGCCGCCGAUACUCCACCUUCGUGAAGGACCUGAAGCGGAAAGGCUUGGUGGGCUUCACCCGCGAUCCCAAGGAGUUCGUAGGUGUUUUCUUCGUGUGGAAGAAGGAGCGCGCCUCCAUGAGGACUUUUCACCGCAUGAUGUUCGGCAACCACCUCUCUAAGUACUUCUGCUACCCAGGCGGCCUGGCCAAGGAGUUCGGCAUCGUCGGGCAGGUGGUGGAGGGGGUGUCUGUGCGCGCCGACGACUACCUCUGGCCUUGCGCCCUCGCGCUGCCCAUGGGCUGGACGUGGUCGCUCUACUUCGCCCAGGUGGCCAACCUCGGCCUGGUGGAGCGGGUCCCCGCGCUCACGUCGAGCUGCGUGGCUACCGAUCGGGGGCCGCCUAUCGUGCUGACCCCGACCUCCUCCUGGCACUACGUCUACGUCGACAAUGUGGGGCUCUUGUCGCUCGACGCCUCCUACGUCAAGGGGGCCCUGGCGGAUACCAUCGCGGCCUUCGACGCCGCGGGCCUCAUCAUGCAUGACAUCUCGGUGGACUCCGACAUCGCCGAGGCGCUGGGAGUGACGCUCGAUGGCCGGAAGCACCAGACCCUCGUCAACCACCGGCGCUACUGGAAGGUCAGACUGGCCCUCCGGUGGGCCCUCUCCCUGCGUCGCUUGGCGGGGCGGGAGCUCGAAGUUUUGCUUGGCCACUGUACAUUCGUCGGCUUGAUGUGCCGGGAAACCCUGUCCGUGCGGCACACCGUCUACACCUUCAUCCGCGAGCGGUACUGGGCCAAGAGCGACGUGUGGGACUCCGCGCGGCAGGAGCUCGAGUGUUUCCUCGGGCUGAUGCCGCUCCUUCGCUCUGAGUGGGAUCGGCCGUGGCUCGCGCAAGUACUGUCCGUGGACGCCAGCCCGUACGGCUGGGGGAUUGCCAGCUCCGAGUUCGGAGAGUCGACGGUGAAAAAGCAAGGCAGGAUCCUCGAACGAUCUCGCUUCCGUCGUCUCGGAGGGUUGCCGGCUCGGGCCAGUGCCCUCGCUGCCGCGGGGUUUGUCUACUCACCCACCACCGCUCGAUGGCAGGUCAAUGACGAGAAGGAGCGUGACCCCUCGGACGUUCAGGAGGCGGGUGCCUGGGAGAUGCGUAAGGACUUCCCUGAGAUUCCUGGGGCCCUCCUCCACGGGGAUCGGUGGCGCUUGAUUUUGCAUGGCAAGUGGGCCUACUCCGAGGAUAUCCUGAUUCUUGAGGCUCGCGUCCUGGUCAAAGCUGUCGCAAGAGUUUGUAAUUGUGUUCCAGGUGGAUUCUGCAGAGUAUUGUUAUUGGGAGAUAAUAUGUCGGUGAUAUUAGCCUGUGAAAGAUUUCGGGCCCGCAGCUUCGGGCUCUUGGUGCAGAUCAGACGGAUCGCGGCCUACGCUCUGGCCCGAGGGGUUCGAUUUGGGUUCAGGUGGCAUCCCUCAGAGCUCAAUAGUAGCGACGCUGGGUCCCGUAUCUACGACCCCAACUACGACUCCACGAAGGAUCUCACUCGCCUGGUGGCUGAUGGACACGGACCCGGUGAAGUCCUGCCUCAGCCUGCGGAUCUACCUCGAUCCGACGACGUCGUGGCUCAAGAUCCAGGAUCGCUCGACACCCCUGAUCCCUUCGCCUGCACCGUAUUCCACGACUGCCAUGAAGCGGACCCGCACCCUGGAGGCGCCGAGUCACAACAUCGCGGGCCAGAAGAGCCGGCGCACGACGACCAGUACGCAUCCGACGGCGACUUCCUGUCUGCCUUCAGCGACCCCGGGGCCAUCGAGGACACGUACCCUCCCGCGACCGGAGAUUCGCUCGAAGCUGGGUACCUGCAGCUAGCCGAGACCCUGCCGCCGCAGUCGUCGGUGCUGGAGGAGAUGGCCGUCUCGGUGCGCACGCAGCGCCAGUACGUCAUGGAGCUGCAGGGGUUCGUGGACUUUGCCUACCUGCGGCAGCUGCGCACCGCCACGUCCGCGCUCCUCGACGCCGCCCUGGUAGAGUACAUGAACCACAUGUUCUUCCGGGGCGAGCAGGCGUUCAGGGGCGAGAAGCUCCUAGCCGCGGUAAUGGCCCGCUCACCCGAGUUCUCGAGAGUUGGUAUCAGCAAGAUGCCAAGAGCCUGGCGUUGCCUGAAGGGAUGGAGGCGCCUGACUCCAGGGCGCUCCCGCAAGCCCGCUCCCCUGCCAGUCUGGUGUGGCAUCGCGGUGGAGUUCGCAAGGCGGGGCAUGCUGGCCAUGGGGCUCGCCGUGAUGAUCGGAGUCAGCUGUUACCUCAGGCCCUCGGAGCUCCUCAACCUUACCUCGGACAACCUGGUGGCUCCAGCGUCGCCUGUGUCGCAGUACUGGAGCCUCCUUUUGCAUCCUUCGGAGGGGGAGAAAAGGAGCAAGACGGGGGAUGCGGACGACUCGCUGAUCAUCGACUCAGCCUACAUGCUGCCGUGGGUGCACGACUUCCUCCAGGCCUUGAAGGACAAGGGCGGCCGGCUGUGGUCCUUCGACUAUCUCACCUUCUUGGCGGAGUUCAAGACUGUUGCCAAGAUGCUGGGCAUGCCGCACCUUGUACCCUACCAGAUGAGACACUCAGGGCCGUCGAUAGAUCGCCUCAAGCCGGACCGCAGCCAGGAGGAGUGUCAGAAGCGCGGGAGGUGGAAAAGCUGGAAGAGCCUCGUUCGCUACGAAAAGAGCGCCCGCCUCGGAAGCUUCUGGAACGAGCUUCCCGCCGACAUACAGGCGCACAUGCGCCUGUGCGAGGACCAGCUCGUCGAGUUCCUCUGGUCGCCCGAGCGUGAUGGCACCUACAUGGCCGACCUGUUCUCCGGCUCGGGCAAGGUUGCUCGAGCGGUGAUGCAACUGGGGUUCUCCGCCAAGGCCUGGGACAUCAUCCACGGCCCCCACCAUGACAUCACCGACCCGGCUGUGCUCAGGCUGCUGCUCUCGGACAUCCGUGACGGCAAGGUCUUCGCCGCCAUGAUUGCCCUCCC